UAUUUUGUUAUUCAGAGCAUAGGGAUGGGGGUAUUGCGUAUCCCUGAUUUUGACAUGGUUUCUUGUGAAGUCUAGUAACGAUUAUUGAGAUUUCCAUGGUUGGCAAUUUAGGACACUCGGUUAUAUCUGGUUCCUUGUCCUUUGUUCUUGAUCUUUUGGGUUUUUAUUUUUUAUGAUUGUACAGUAUAUUUUAGAGUAUUGGAACAGGUGUGCUUACCUUGUUCUUAAUUGUGCUGUUUCUUAGAAGACAAUUGAUAUUAAUUGGGAGUUGGGAAUUUUAGUUUGCGUAUUAUGGUGUUAAUCCCUUCAAGCUAAGUCAAUGGCACUGCUUAUGUUGGUGGAGAACAGUCAGCCUGUGUAGUGGAGGGAAUUUGGUUUUCUCUGCCCCAUUCUUCUUCUUCCCAAAGUAGCAAAUCAUUUAUGCUUGAAUAAAAUAGUUUCGUGGUUACGUGGAGGAUAGAAACGGGUAGUGCCCAGUGCAUUCAAUUUGUGAUUAAUAAUUGUUUUGCUAGGAUAGUGAGGGUUGAAUGAUAUUAAAGUAUGCUGGAAUAUGCAGAUACAGAGAUACCAUCAAAGUUGAGAACAAUGUCGAUGAACUGUAUGCUUUUGUAUUUGUUCUUCAGUGCUCUCACUCAUUAUUAAUGCUUUUAAGUGAUGUUCGUUUUGGUGAUAGGAGAUUGAUACUUCUAGAUUGUGUUCCCAAGGUAUCAUUGACACUCCUGGCUGAACUUCUGGCUGCUAUGCAUGGUUUUAGGAAGGUCACUUGGGUGGUGCGGAUGUAAUAUGGUAAUGGUAUGAUGGGUUGAAGUGUUUUUCUUCGUUGGAUGGCGUGGAUAUAUAAAAUGCUAUAACGUCGUUUAACCUGAAGACUAGAAUGGUGGAAAUGGAAUGCUACAUGUGGAUGUGGCUUAUAUCUCACUGUCUUUUGAGUUUUUCUUGGAGGUUGUUUGCACCCUUGUGGCUCUCAUUAAUCGAUGAUAAUUGAUUAAUUUCAAUGCCUACGGUCCUAACAUAUCGAGGAAUCUUGUGCAUGGAUGAAAGUCUUGCAUCAGCCAGAAACCGUUCACUGAAUUAGCGGAUAAGGAAGGAAAACCAUAAAUGGGCUGCCGGCCCAGAGAUUCAUAUCCUGACCCAUUACUCUCGGUUGGAAGAUAGAAUAGCAUGGGCUAAAGAAGCCCAGCCCUAAGGAAUAUCCGGAAUCUUAGCCCAUUAGUCUGGAUUAAACUGUGGCGUAUAGCCACGUGUCAUGUGUAAUAAUAACACGUAUCAUCUCUGUAACUAUAAUAGCCACCACGCGUCAUAGGCCUUUUCUCAUGCAAACACCCGCCUCCUCUCUUCCACCACCACCACCAGAGGUCACUCCAGAUCCAUGGAGGAGGAUGAAUAUGAAGAUGGAAAAGGCUACAACUACUUCAUACCAAACCCAAGUGAUGACUGGCUCACAAAACUUAUAUCCAUGGAAGCAUACAUCAUCUACAAUUAUUUCGUACUCACUCUUGUUUCACCCAUCACUUUCAUAUUCUCCAUUGCCUCCGACUCUUACCGCCGCGCAGAGGAGGUCACCGUCAAGGUGGAGUCAGUGGUUCACAAGGUGCCUUCCAAGAUCACCCAUGGAAGUUUACUUUUGGUGAAAAAAUUUUGGGUGGGGUUGUUCAGUGCUGUCCAUGUGGGUGUUGUGUUGGUGGCUGUGAUGGCGGUUGGAGCGGUGUUGGGUGUUGGGUUUGUGCAUGUUUGGGUGGAGGAGUCGGUGGUGGUGAGGGAGAGGUUGUUUUUUGACUACACACAGGAUAAUCCAACUGCUCUCUACUCAUUUGGUUGUGGUGGGAGGAGUUGCAACAAGCAAGCACUUAGGGGUAUUCCAUUUGGGCAUACAAUUGAUGUUUCUGUGCUUCUAUUGAUACCUGAAUCUGAUUACAAUAGACAUAUUGGGUUUUUUCAGUUGACUGCAGAGCUCUUAUCAGCAAACGGAGGUGUGAUAGCAAGAAGUAGCAAGCCAUGUAUGUUGCCAUUCAGAAGCCUCCUGGUCCGACUCAUUCGGACAUUUCAGAUGGGGAUUCCCCUAGUACUAGGACUUUGUGAUGAAACCCAGAAGCUAAACAUUGAAAUGUUGAAGCACAAGGAAGGUUAUCCAAGAACUAAAGCAGUCAGAGUAAUUUUGUCAUCAAGGGCUGGAACUUCUCAUCUCCCACAGCUUUAUGAAGCUAAAUUGGCCUUGAACUCUCGACUUCCUUGGACAAAACAGAUGGUGCACAACUGGAAAUGGACACUGUGUGUGUGGACAUCUCUAUACAUUUUCAUUACAUUCCUAGUAUUCAUACUCUACUUCUGUAGACCACUUAUCUUCCCAUUGACAACAACAAGAACAACAGCUACUACUCGACGUGAUCAGAUUGAGCAAGAUUCUUCGGCUGCUGAUGAAUUUAAAGAACUGCAGUCUCUGACUGUUGAAGAAAGUGGCUUUUCUGAAUUGGUAAGAAGAUGGCAACAAAGGAGGAGAAGGAGAGAGGCGAUUUUCCUGCAAUUAGGUAUGCCAGAAACUGAGGGUUCAUCCGCCACUACCGAUGAAUCUUCCAAAAGAGUUCUGAGAACUCGGGCGGAAGAAGAAAGGAGCAUUUCAAAGUUGGUUAGAAGAUGGCGACGAAUACACAUAAAGAGAGGAGCAAUUGGUAUGCCAGAAAAUGAAGGUUCAUCUGCAUCAACUAUGACAGUGACUAGGGAGGACUCCGGUGUAGUUGUUGCAAAGGACAUCGGAGAUUCGGAAUCAGUGUGUUUCAGUGGCUAAUUAAGGUAGUUUACAUCAAUGGUUUUGUAUAUGAAAUCUGUACUUUGGUCAAAUGUAGGCUUCUAUGUAUCAAUAAUGCAAAAGAAUUCAGAACUUGGAACGAUUA